AUGGUCAAUGCAUGGUUUGCUGAGAGAGUUCACACCAUCCCUGUGUGCAAGGAAGGCGUCAGAGGCCACACGGAAGCUUGCUCUUGCCCCUUGCAGCAGAGUCUCCGUGCAGAGAGCAGCGUCCCUGGAACACCAACCAGGAAAAUCUCCGCCUCCGAAUUUGAUUGGCCUCUUAGACCUAUUGUCGUCAAGGAUUCUGAGGGAACUGUGAGCUUCCUCUCUGACUCAGAAAAGAAGGAACAGAUGCCUCUAACCCCCCCAAGGUUUGAUAAUGAUGAAGGGGACCAGUGCUCAAGACUCUUGGAAUUAGUGAAAGAUAUUUCUAGUCACUUGGAUGUCACAGCCUUAUGUCACAAAAUUUUCUUGCACAUCCAUGGACUCAUCUCCACUGACCGCUAUUCCCUGUUCCUUGUCUGUGAGGACAGCUCCAACGACGAGUUUCUUAUCAGCCGCCUCUUUGAUGUUGCAGAAGGUUCAACACUGGAAGAAGCUUCAAAUAACUGUAUCCGCUUAGAGUGGAACAAAGGCAUCGUGGGACAUGUGGCUGCUCUUGGUGAGCCCUUGAACAUCAAAGAUGCAUAUGAGGAUCCUCGGUUCAAUGCAGAAGUUGACCAAAUUACAGGCUACAAGACACAAAGUAUUCUUUGUAUGCCAAUUAAGAAUCAUAGGGAAGAGAAUGGUUAUACAAGUGUUCAGUUCAGAAAUUGGUGGUAGUCAUCUCAAAUAUUGAAAGUGGGGAGGUCCUUGAAAGAUGGCAGUUUGAUAUUGAGUGUGACAAGACUGCAAAAGAUGACAGUGCACCCAGAGAAAAGUCUCAGAAAGCUAUCCAAGAUGAAAUCCGUUCAGUGAUCAGACAGAUCACAGCUACAGUGACAUUUCUGCCACUGUUGGAAGUUUCUUGUAAGUAUUAUACAACUUCACAUUGACUUAAAUUUGUUGGGGAAAAGACUAAGCUACUAUUUUAAGAAUUACCAUUUUAUUAAAUUUUUUCUUAGUUAUCAAUAUCAUGUAAUAAAAAUAAGGAAGCAUUAUAAAGGAAAAGUAAUGUUAUAUGCAUUCUGUAAAAUUUGGAAAUGCUGAAAAGAAAGGAAUUAAAGUAUUCCACAGUACUCACCCUUGAAUGUUUUAAUGUAAUUCCUUCCUUAAUUUCUUAUACAUUUUUAUGUAUUGAUAUAUAUUUAAGACUACAGCUAUAAUUGUGUCUUACUUGUCUACCUUCCUUACUCCUUCAAACAUCACAUGUGUCCUGAAUACCUACUAUGUGCCAGACUCUGUUCUAGGCACUAGGAUACUGCAAUCACAGAACCAAGAUGUCAGUUCUCCUGUAGGUUAUAUUCAUGUUAUCCCAUGUUACUGAUUAUAUACUUUCUACAAAUAUCUUUAACGGGUUUCCUCUUUAAAGAAAAGAAAAAAACUUGAAGUUUUCAUAAGAUAAAGUGAAAGGAGUGCAAUAUUUUCUGUACUACAGUAAAUUUCCAUUGAGGAAAAGCAAUUAACUAGUUAUUACAGACCAGGCUAAACUACUUUUCUAACACUAUGAGUGGUUCAAAAUGUGAGGGAGAUA